AUGGACGUUCUUGGCCGCCUUGAGCGCCAGGUCGACAAAGUUGCGCGCAGACGCCACGUGCGGCUCGAACGUCUCGACCGACAUGUUGAAGUUGACGGGCCACGCGUUGUGCACGAUGCGGUCCGCCUCAAGCAGCAGCCGGUCGUACACGGCUGCGUCCAGCCCCAGGUCUGGACGCGACAGGUCCGCGUUGUAGAACUCGACCUUGGGGAACGAUGUCGCCAGCCCGCGCUCGGCGUUGGCCUUCUCCUGCCGGGCGCCGCUGUCGUCGCCCCGGUUCAGGCAGAUGAUCUUGCGCACCGACGGCGUCGACUGCAGCAUGUCCAGCAUGUAGGACCCCAGCGCGCCCGUCGAGCCCGUGAGGAUGACGGUCUGGUCGGUCGUGGACGGCGCGGGCUUGUUCUUCUGCGGCGCCGGGUCGGUCCGCAGGCCCCUGGUGUACUUUUCAAACUGCGCCUUCAUGACCUGGACGUCGUGGGACGGACCGCUGCUGCUGCUGCUGCUGCCGCCGUUUGCGUGGCCGUUUUGCCCCGCGUGGAUCACCGAGUCCAUGAGAUACGAUGCCAGCUUCUCCGCGGUCGGGUGGGCGUAGAUGAAGCGCGGCGCGAGAACCGACGGGGACGGCUUGGGCAGUCCGGCGGCCUCGAGGCCGCGGCGGAUCAUGCGCACGGCGUUCAGGACCUGCAGGGAGUCGGCGCCCGCCGUGAAGAAGUCGGCGUCCAGCGGGAGCUUCUUGCCCUUGUUGUUCAUCUCGCCCAGCUGCUCGAACAGGUCCCGGAUGGACUCGGCCAGCUUGGGCUUAGACGAGACGUCGAUGGGGAUGGAGUCGGCCGCGCCGUCCGCCUCCAUGCCGGCCUUUUCGUAGAGCGCGUCCGUCUCGAGCUUGUAGAGCUUGACGGCGGCGGGCCGCUGCACGGUGCCCUUGCCGGCGCGGGGGAAGGGCUUGUGCGGGCUCGCGACCAUGAUCAGCUCCUUGGCGAUGCGGCCGUGGGCGACGGAGGCGCGGUUCGCCUCCUCCACCAGCGGCCAGAUGCGCUCGACGAAGGCGUCGGCUUCGUCGUCGUUCUUUGGCGACAGCUCAGGCGUCAUGGGCUCGACGAUCAUGGCGGGCUGGAACCUCCCGGCGCCGACGACCAGGGCGGCCUUGAGGUCCGGGUGCCUGGCGACGGUGGCCUCGAUGGACACGGGGUUGAGCUUCUCGCCGUUGGAGAAGACGAUGAUGUCGUCGGCGCGGCCGUGGUACUUCCAGUGGUUCGGCAGCGUCGGGUGCUUGAUGUACAGGUCCUUGGUCGGGUACUCUUGCAGGUCGGGGAAGGUGUAGAAGAUGCCCUGGGACCCGGGAGGGUCGUUCUCGCUCUUGCGCUUGAUGAUGUGCUCGUACACCUCGCCCUCCGGCGCCGCCUCGGUGUAGCCGAUCAUGUUGAGCAGGCGGAUGCCCUCGUGCACCGAGAGCCUGUUGCCGGCCUCGGGGUUCAUGGGCCCGCCGCCAAAGAAGACAUAGUCGAGCCGCUUGAGCGCGGCGACGGCCUCGGGGAUGUAGGCGAUCUCGUCGAGGAUGGCGGGCGGGAGGAUGGCCCUGUCGACGUCGAGGUUGUCCAGGGCUUCGACGACGGACUGCGGCGUCAGGGGCCGCGAGGUGAUGCCGAGCGCCACGGGGGCGGCAAAGUAGAUGGACCGCAGCAUGGUGACGUACAGGCCGGCGGCGUGGAACAGCGGCAUCGGGUUCAGGAGUCGACGGCCGGACAUGUUGGUGCCGAAGAUGGUCGGGCUCCCCAUGAAGUCGGGCGUGUUGUGGAAGGAGUCGGACACGGCCAGCAUGCCCACGCGCACAAAGACGGGCUUUGGGAACCCGGUGCUGCCGCUGGUGUGCAUGACCAUGAAUGUGUCGUACUCUGCCUCGCUGAACGUCUUUGUGUAGGGAACGUGCGGCGGCCUCUUGCCCGCGUCCUCGCCCCAGCCGUCGAUCCACUCCUGCGCCGAGUGCACCCUGAUGCCCUUCAUGGUGCUGCGCUCCUGAAGCCACAGCCGCACCGUGUCCUCGUACACCCGGUCGUAGUAUAUGGCGUUGCAGUUGGUCUUGUCAAAGAGGUUCAGCUGCGCCGCCUUGGGGUUCCGCGGCGAGAUGAAGAGCGCCUUCAUGCCGGCCUUGACGCAGGCCACGGCGAAUAUGACGUACCGGGCGUCGCUUGGGCCGAGGUACGCGAGGGUUGGGAACUGGCUCUGUUCCCUCGAGUCGCCGUGGCCGUUGGUCUGAAUGUUGCCGUUGCUUCCGCUGCUUGCACACCUCGCCAGGAUGUCUUCCUUCUGCUCCAGCAGGUAGCCGGCCACGCGGUCGACCGCGGCCGCCACCUGUCCGAAGCUCAACUUCUUCCAACCGUCCUUGGGAUCGUCGGAGCGCGGCACGGAGAGCAUCUCCUUUUCCGGCGACGUCCUGGCCAUGUCGUCCAGGACCUGCGGGAUCAGGCGCCGGCCGUAGGGUAUUCAAGUUGA